AUGGAACCGCUAGAACAUGAGAUAAGACAAAAGCUCCUGCCAAAGAUGCUGGGCAGGGAGAUCUCAGACUUAGAAAGAGACGUGUUAAGUCUACCGCAGUAUGACUACACUCUGAGAGAGAACGAGAAGGAGAAGAAGGAUGAGUACUUGGAGAGAGUGUUGAAUGUGGAGAGGGCUACCUUCACCCCGGCUGUAUUCCUAACAUAUGGAGGAAUGUCUAAAGAGUGUAAGCAGUUCGUCAACAGAGUAGCAGACCUCAUAGCAAGAAAAAGGAAGGAGAGGUACUGCGAUGUAGUAAGACAUGUCAGAACAAGGAUUAGAUUUGCAAUGUUGAGAACAACUCUUAUUGCUCUACGAGGGUACCGAGGAAAGAAGGUGGACACCAAACGUUCUUACCAAUCAAUAUCAUUGGCUGAUGAACUAGAUGAAUUGGAUCUAGACGAAUUGGAUGAGGAUGAAAACAGUGAUAGUGUUAGAAAUGUUCGUAUUGAUCAGUUGCCGAUACUUCUCAAGGAAAAUCCAUCCAAGAUACAAGUAGAGAUGUUGAAUAACGUACUCUUUGUUAUUACCUUUACGUUGGCUAACAACCUGUCUUAUGUCGCUAUGGAAGAUCUGUUAAGACAAUACAAUAGAUCUAGCUUAGCCGGCCUUGAAACUACCAGGAAAAUACGUAAUUUUUUGAGUAAACAGUCAGCACCAGUCAAUCACUAUUACAUUUGUAACGGGAAGAGUUGUGAUAGCUUCUACAAGGAGGGAAAUGUUCCUCAACAAUGUGAAAAAUGUGGUUCAAACCUUGAUGAAAAAUACCUCAGAAAAAAUGGCUAUUACUUUUUGUAUACUUCAAUCAAGAUUCUGCUAAAAUCUUUCCUCGAAACUGAGAGAAAUGAAUUGCGGGUCAAGCAAUUCUUAGAAUUAAUGGAACAGAACGGAGGAUCUAGUCUGUCGGACGUCACAAACUCAGACCGAUAUAAAGAGCUGCGAAAGAGGUCAGCAAGAAUCCGGACAGCUCCAGGGAAUAUGUUUUCAAGCUACGACGUGAUGACAUGCAUGAUCAAUAUCGAUGGGGUAAAUACUGCAAAAAGUGCAACUAAUUCACUCUAUCCAUUACAGGUAUGCCUCAUUGAACUGUUGCCGUGGUUAAGAAGACAGUGCAUUCUCACACCGUUUAUUAUAAUGAAAAACAAAAGCAGAGACAUAGACUUCAAACAACGUUAUCUAUUACCAUUUGUUACAGAGUUUAUCUCUCUAGCAACCGAGGGUAUUACAUGGUUUUCCAUUUCACUGAACUGUUUUGUUACGACACAGUUUUUUGUUUUUUGUCUGAAUUGCGACAGCGUAAUGAAACCGUAUUUGCUGUGCAUCAAGGCUCACAGUGGGUAUCAUUCGUGCCCGAUGUGUAUAAUGAGAGGGUCCGUGCACAACACGAAUGUUUGUAAACCCGCUGAAAAGGAUGAGAAUAAUCAACUUGUAAUUUACCCUUUGAGGCCUACAUCAAAAGCAGAUAUUAAAUCUUUUGUUACCAAACCCAAUUCAGAAGACAAGUUAGGACACAAAGAUGUCCCAGUUCUUGAAGACCUCCCUUUUUUCACCGUCUUUUUAUGUACAUCGAUAGAUAUGAUGCAUGCUAUCGAUCUUGGAGUAUUCAAGAGGAUGUUCAAAAUAAUCUUCUGCACCAAAGGAUAUAAAUACAUUAAAAAAGGGGGAUUUAAAGUCGCAGAAAAUGUCAUGGAUGAACUGAAUGGAGUUUCCUUCAUUGAAAGAGGCCCCAGAACUCUGGCAGAGUACAAAAAUUGGAAGGCAAGUGAAUGGCAUUACUGGGGAUUCAUUUAUUCGAUUCCAAUAAUGGACAGACUAGUCACUGCCGGUCUUAUGGAUUUUGAACACUACAGCAAUUGGAUGAACCUUUUGGUAGCACUGAGCUUGUUAAAUUCAGAAAACAUCAGUGACUCGAAUCUUACUGAAGCUCAGUCGCUUAUGGACAAGUUUGUCUUGAAAUUUGUUGAAUUGUAUGGCAAAGGAAAUGCCAGUUUGAACUUUCAUCUGCUUGUCCACGUCCGGGAAUCGGUCAAGCAUCUCGGACCUUUGUGGGCUACCACAUUGUAUCCUUUUGAAUCGUACAACCAAGUUUUCCUGAACUGUUUUAGACAGGGAACCAAAGGCGUCGAAAUGCAAAUUGCUGAACGGCUGCAAUGGCGCCAUAGAGCAGUGGAAAUAUACGAUUAUGUAGUCAAACAUGAUAGAAACUCUGAUAUUGAUUUUUCGUUGGCUGGAAGAGUGUGGGCUGUUUCACAUUCAUCCUUUAAUACAUCUGGGCUUGGAAAACCCUGUAAAUUUUCAAGCAUUAACGCAUGUAAGAAUAAAGAUUUUAAUCUCAAUUCUGAAGAAUACCGGCUUGCAAAAGAGAGCCUACUUAAUAAAUGUGAUAUGAGUGAUGCUAGAAUAUGUGUGUAUGAUCGUGUUAAAUUAAAAGGAGUAGUGUAUUGGAAUGAAGGUUAUUUUUUAAAAAAACAGGGGAAAAAAAAUGAGUCUAUUUUUUAUAGUCAAGAAUUAAACACUUUUGGCGUAAUUGAUCGUUUUAUCGAGGUUAAUGAUGAGAUGACUGUAGUUUUCAGAAAGCUUAAUGCUGUUUAUGAUAAUGUUAAUAGAACUGAAUCUUUAGUUAACAGUUUGUUAUAUGCUAAAGUUUGCAAACGGGAAAGUGUUUUAUCUAUUAUGAAUAUGAAUAAGAUAACAUGUAAAUGCAUGGGAAUAUCGACUGCAGAAAGAGAUUCUGACAAGCUUUUUGUGUUCAGGCAGCAAAACCGUAAUGACUGCAAAUGAAUUGGUUUUUUGAUUUCUGGACAUCAAAUUUUACAACCAGCUCAUGUGGUUUCCUUUUGUCAU